GGUGACAAUGUUCUCUCUUCUUCUUUGUGUGUGUGUGUGUGUGCACGCAGACACACACAAAGACUUUUUUUUUUCGGACAUGGAUGCCAAAGAGCAAGGGAGACGGAUGAGAGAGGGCCAAACGUUGUGAUUGGUCCAGAGAAAGUCGACACACAAUACACACACACAAAUAAAAAGAAUAGGGUGGAAGAAGGGGAGUGACACGCCACCCUGCCAGUCGGUAUAGAAACCACCCCCUUACUACCCUGCUCCUAGCGACGCCAGCUGCAUUCAUCCCUGGUGUAACCCUCCGACGUCCGUGCCUCCCCUCAGUCCAGCACAGACUACUUGAUGCUGCUGCCGGAUCGCCAAGCAGCCCAGUCGGUCACGCAACGCAGAUGUGUCAACACGUGCCGUACAACAGAGUGUCUCUAAAAGUGUUUGGGCUACGUCACAGUUGUUCCGAGACUUACACGCCACGUUUGACAGGAGAAGAGAUUGGAAAUUGCGCGGAAUAAAUUGGAAAGGCAGAAUGGUCCUACCGUUUUUCAGCCUGUGCGGAGCCAUCCCGUUCGAUCCCGUCAUGGAGUACGAUGCGGCCGGACAGAGUGUCAACAACAGGGUCCUCGUGUGCUGCCACUGCCACGUGAUGGAGUCGCUAGCGUUGCUGGACAAUCCUUACGACGAGACGUAUCUGUUCCAGAGUCAUCCAGUCGACAGCCUUCCGGAUGUGGUGCCCCGACAAAGUGACAAACUUGGCCAUCGCCUGUCGGUGGCGAGUGACGAGGAAGAACCGGACUCUCCUUCAGUCAAAGACAUCAGAGAAUUGCGGAUGCCGGAUGAAGACAAAAGUGCAGCAGACAACUGGAAACAAGUCGGCCACGAUCUUCGACGAAUAGCUGAUCAGUUUGAAACAUCACGGCGGCCGGCCAAAGCCGGAAGCCGGAAUUUCUCGACAUCAUCCAGCCCUGCCAGUUCAUGGAUACAAACUUGCAUCUUACACGGCCUGGUCGCCUACGCCGGUUGGAGGAUCCAGCGAUGGAUAUCUGGUUAAACGAAAAGGGAAAUUGUCCUGAUUUACAUCUCAUCCUACCCGACUCGAAAUGUCUUUCAACAAAUUUUCUUUCUUCUUUGUAAUUGAAUUUACUUGUAGAGUAUGUAGACUCUGUAAAAAGAAACAUUGCAAAUUAAUAUGCUUUUGUAAGAAUGUGUGAAAUGGUUUUUUUUUUUUGCUAUAAAUUGCGGCUCAAUGUUGAUUUGCCAAAUACUUUCUUUUAGCUAGUCUUGUCCUUUCUUUCGACUGAUGUUUUUCUUUGGCUACAACUUAACACUUCUUUCUUCUAUCGACCAAAAAAAUAGUUCUUGCAAAUAAUUAAUAAUGAAAAAAAAAAAGAUUAUUUCAUGUGCCCAUAAUGAAAUAUCACUUCUGGACAUGCUACCCGCCAGUCUUUCUAUCACAACCUGUAUAUUCAAUGUAUUGAUUCAUUAUUGUCUGAAGACGAACGCUAUUAUUGUAAUCUAAUUAUCUAAUAGUGUCUACGGUGAAAUCAUUCUUCUUUCUUCUUUUGUUUUCUUUCCAGAUAUUAUUUGAAUUUUUUGUCUAAUAAACUAUUUCGUUCCAUUCAA